AUGUUUAAAAUUUAUCAAGCAUUCGAACUUUAUGUUAGCGGUUCAUUUUAUGAUAAAAGUCAAAAAGUUUGGAAUGUAAAUAACUUGGGUACUAUACUUGAUGAUCUUGAAAGUGAAUAUGGAACUAAAAUUGAAGGUGUUAAUACAGCUUAUUUAUAUUUUGGUAUGUGGAAAGCAACAUUUGCUUGGCAUACUGAAGAUAUGGAUUUAUAUUCAAUAAAUUAUUUACAUUUUGGAGCACCAAAACAAUGGUAUGUUAUUCCACCAUCAUAUGGUAAAAUAUUUGAACAAUUUGCUGCUUCACGUUUUCCAUCAUUAUCACGUCGUUGUCCAGCAUUUCUUCGUCAUAAAAUGACCAUUAUAGCUCCAUAUAUAUUAACAAAACAUUCGAUACCAUUUAGUAAAAUUACUCAAUAUGAAAAUGAAUUUAUUAUAACAUUUCCAUAUGCUUAUCAUGCUGGUUUUAAUUGUGGUUUUAAUUGUGCUGAAUCAACAAAUUUUGCAUUAGAACGUUGGAUUGAAUAUGGUAAACAUUGUGUUCAAUGUCUUUGUCGUCAUGAUAUGGUUAAAAUUGGUAUGGAUCUUUUUGUACAUAAAUAUCAACCUGAACUUUAUAAUGAUUGGUGUCGUGGAAUUAAUUUAACAUCACAUCCUGAAGACGAACAAAUGUUAACAAAUAAUAUAACUAUUAUAAGAAGUUCGCCAACAAAAAAACGAUUACCAAUUAAUAAUAAAUCAAAAACUUCUACUGAUACAUCAUUAACUUCAAAACCAUUUCAAUAUUAUCAUCAUGAACGAGUAUCUGAUGAACGAUAUGCAUGUAUAUUUCGUAACUUAGCUAAAUUUGAUAAACUAAAACAAUUAUCAAUAUAUAAAUAUCCUAAUCCACUUAUACGAGCUGCACUUUGUCGAGCUCAAUUUAAACUAAAAAAAAAUAAAAAUAAAAAUUCUACAAAAUUGUUAUGUUUAACUGCUAAUUUAGCAUCGAAUUUAUCUUCAUUAUCAUAUCCAAUAUUUUUUAAUGGUUUGAAACAAUCGAAUAAAUAUCGUGAAAAUAUUCUUAAUGGUCUAUGGAAUUAUCAAAUAAUAAAUAAAAAAACUAAUGAAUUAUUUAAUCAAUGGUUAGCAAAUCGAAUAUCAAAUUGUGCGAUAUGUUAUCUUUUUACUGCUAAUAAUUAUGAAAAUGAAUCAUUAUUAAAAAUAAAACAUUUAUUAAUGCUAGAUGAUUUAAACAAUAAAUUUAAUGUUUCGAAUGAUUUACUUAAAUGUACUACAUGUCAUGUUAGUGUACAUCGAGAAUGUUACGAAAUUAUAUGUUUAGCAUUAAAUGUAAAAAUAAAUGAUGAUUAUAAACAAUGGUAUUGUCAACGAUGUACUUUGCAAAGAGAAGUAAUGAAAAAAAAAUAA